AUGCAGCGCGUAAGCUCCGACGGCGCAUCUGUUCUCACCCAUCAGACAUCGAGGAAUUCGAUACGCGCGCCACAGUUCACCCUGGAGAAGUUUACGAGUAAGGACUUUUUAGUUAAAGACUUCAUCGAAGACCUCUCCCAGGCUGCCGUACCAGCGACGCGUAGAUCUGGAGGAGCCGGCGGCCAGCAGACAUUCGAUCCGAAGCCGCUCAUUCGAACCUUUGAACAUGCUCUCACCAGGCUCAACGGUCUAUCAGAGGACUUGGAGGAGAAGGAGACGGACCUGUCAGGAGCAGUACGGAGGGCAGAGCUACAACACAACCAGAAUGUCGAGUCGCUAGGCAGAAGGCUAGAGCAGGCCAUGGACAGAUUCCAGAGGUUAGACAGCUCGCUGAACGGCGGUGAUGAGGGGGGAUCAGAUGGCGGGGGCAACGUUGCCAUGCGCAUAGGAGAACGACUCGAAGAGCUUGAUCGCCAACGGAAAAGGGCUCUAGACGCAAAGUUUUUGAUUGAAUGCUGGCAAGAAGUCAGCGAACGGGGCGAGCUUAUGAUCCUCGAAGAUCAACGCAAGAACGGCGAUAUCGUACGCUGCGCCGAAAUCGCGCGUCAAUUGCUGCGCAUCAGCACACGGCUGGACCCAGAUGGCGGCCAGCGGGUCAGCGGCGAGGCACAGAACGGCGUCAAGAGGAGGACAUUGUACCAAUCCAGACACAACACCAAAGAGGUGAUUGAGAAGUUUCUGGAGAAUCUGGAGCAAGAUCUUCUCAGCAAGUUUCAGGAAUGCUAUGCGCGUCCAAACUAUCCUGGGAUGCGCGACUGUGCCAUUGCUCUCAAGGGCUUCAACGACGGAGCUAGUGUCAUUGGUACCUACGUCAACCAGCAUUCAUUCUUCAUCGAUCGCAUGCAGAUGAAUGGCGAAGACCUUGGCACCGAUCUGGAGACUUGGGAUCGCCUCCAGGAUCCCGAUGCGGAGCCACCUGGUGUUGAGCCUACACUACAGUCUUUGAUUGACGAAGUCAAGAUCGUCGUUCAAGAGGAAUCAAGCAUCAUCAAACGCGCUUUCCCAUACUACGAAGAGGUGCUGAUCAAGUUCCUGGAACGCAUCUUUCAGCAGUCGAUACAGAGCCGAUUGGAGAUGGUGUUAGACAAAGCAGGUGAACUAUCAUCACUCGCCUUCCUGCGUUCACUACAGGCUUCUAGAGGUUACCUCACUCAGCUGGUAGAAGAUUUGAAGACACAUGGCUUGACGGAGCAUCCAGAUCCUGCUACAUCGGCGGUUGCAGCUACACUUGAUCAGCAACUGGAAGAAUUGUUCUCGUCUUACUUCAUCGGAGAAAAGUACAUCGAACGAGAGAAGAAGAACCUUGAGGAGCUGUACUCUUCGUUGCUCCUCAAGUUUACCAUCUACCACUCGCGGCGGAGUAAGAUGCCCACUUCGUACUUUGGGUCCCUUGCACAGCGAGGCAAAGAGCUGGCAGCGUCUGCUCGUGACAGGUACAUGGAACGCUUAGAAAGUACCGAGUUACCUGCGACUCAAAAAGCCACACUUCUCCGUAUUGCUGGGUUGAAGGAAGACCAGCAGGAGAAGAAAGAUAUCGAAGUGACAGACGAGGAUGGUAGACUGUCUCUCCCAGUCGCCAAGCGUAUGUUGAAGUGGUUAGCAGAAGGUGUAGGGCGAGGACUCGAGUUGUCUCCUGGUAACGAGACGCCAAAAGACGUGCAGAUUCUCCUUAACCUCCUCCUACGGCAAAUGGGCGAGAUCUAUCUGGAGACGGCAUUAGAAGCUGCACAAGACCAUGCCGCUGCGCAGGAGAACUCCAAAACACCACCCGACCUCACCCACCUCCCUUCUCUACAUGCCAUCACCACAAUCCUACAUCUUCUCCAACAAACCACCACUACUAUUCUAUUGCCCUUGUGCACGCCCAACCUCACCAUCCGCCGCGAGAUCGAAAAAUUAACAAGCCUCACAAUGGCAACGCUCGAAUCAAAACUCUCUAACAUCCUCAAUCUCACACUAACCGCCUCGCUCAAUUGGGUCAGCAGAUGCCUCUCUCAACAAAAGAAGACUGACUUCCGACCCAAAGAGGACGACCUCAUGGUAACCAGCGAAACCCAAGCCUGCCGUGACGCCUCGGCCUUCCUCACACGCGUCGCUGCACAGGCCACAUCCGCCCUCUCAGGCCGCAACCUUUCCCUCUUCCUCGCCGAGCUAGCACGAGGCUUACGUUCCCUUGUCCUAUCACAUCUCCUGAAAUUCACAAUUUCCCAGGUCGGCGGUCUCAGCGUCUCAAAGGACAUGAAUCGCUAUGUGGAGCUUGUGAGGGCAUGGCCAACAGGUGAGGAACUGGAGCCCGGUGCUAUGGACAUCUUGACGGAUGUUAGUACGCUAUUUAUCAUUGGGCCCGAGGCGUUGCGGGACAGGCUCAGAGCGGCUGGUGGGCAGGAUGCGCAGGAGUUGAAGGGGUUUAUCGCAAGGAGAGAUGAUGUGGGGAGUGUUGGAGUGCAAAGUUUUAGCAGCCGCGUAUCGACGACAACGAGGAUGGAGCGCGAACCAGGCUCCAUGUGCAAGGACACAGUCGAGAAGCCCGAGUCAGAGGAUAUCCCUGCAAGAGUCGAGGCCGAGGUCGUGAUGAAGGCGUUGUGA